GUCGUACUGAAAGCGGACAGGAAGGAUAUACACCUGACAACUGACACACGGCCGUGGGAGGAGUGGUAGAAUAUUGGGCUGAGUGGGUGGGUGUCUCUCCAUGCUGCACUAACCUGAAAACGGAUCUCUCAGGCGAGUGCAAUUACAGCAUUUGUUGGUAGAGGGCACAACCCCUCAGCCUAUUGCCAGCGUCUUAGCCGGGGUCAGUCUUUUGCCCAGGAACUCAAGAGGCAGGAAGUCAUCCUGCAGGAGGCAAACGCGGAGAGAAGCAGCGGUUGCUGUUGGAGGAGAGCUCCCUCAGCCUAGAAUUCCUGUUGGGAGUACCACAUUUAUAUUUGGGGAACUUCAUACUGUGGCCUCACUGGAUACCGCCUAAGUCCCAUGUGCAACCUGAAGCAGAUACUUACCAGUUAACACCUGUGGAUUUUUUCAAUCUCAGGAAAGAGGCAGGGGUGUGACUCUUCUCCAGCUAAAGAACUGUUCUUUGGUGUAAAGGAUAGAAUUUCCUGAGGACCUCUGCUGUGUGGGCUGGCUGAAAUAGGUGGCAGUGAGUUUGUUCCUUUAUAGGUUCCUGUAGAAAUAUGUAGAUAGUUGUUCACUUUGAAUUAAGAAAAAAAGACGCAAACUAUUCAUUUGGAUUCAAGGUCCAUCUCCAGUGAUGGCUGUAGUGGCCUUGUAGUGGCAGAUCAUCACCUUCAACAGGUCUGCACUCAGGAACUAUCAUCUUCGCUCAGACUAAGUGCCUCUGUCUUUUCUCUGUAUUGUUGACAGAGGUUCUGUGUUUGGAAAGGGGACUGUGUGACUGCUGAGCUGACGACUGACUAUUGCCACAAAGUUUAUGUCUGAUCCAGUGAAAGAGUGUUAAGACAUUGACCUGGGACACAUUGAAAACCAAGGCCAAGACUGUAUAGAGCUAUCUAUAUAACUGAUCUUUAACCAUGACUGGGGCUAAGAAUGAGACUAGAAACAAAGGCAAAGCUCAAAAAAGGGCUGGUGUGCAAGCUGAAGCAAAGAGGGAGACUACUGGCAUAGUCAGACCUGUAGCUAAGACCCAGGACAAAUCAGUAGCCAAGGCAGAGUCUCAAGCUGAUGCAACAGCAGCAAUGAAGGCAAGGUCUAAGAACAGGAGUGUUCCUGAGAUAAAGGAAAGAGGCCUGGCAUAUUUUAGUCCCAAAGCUGAAGAUGAGGCCACUAAAGUAUCUGGGAUUUGUUCUGUGGCUGAGGCUAAUGCUGAGUCUGGGUCCACCUGUAAACAUAAGGCUGGUAUUGAUACCUGGUUUUGGAGUGGAGAAGAAGCCAAUGUUGGUUCCUGGUUUUGGAGUGGAGAAGAGGCCAAUAAUCAUUCUAAUGCUAAGGAUGAAGGUAAAGCUGGUAUUGAUCCUCUGUCCUAUGCUGAAAAGUUGGAAUCUGUGGCCGGGGCCAGCUGCAAAGCUAGGCCAGGGGCUGAGGAGGAAGAGGAAGAAAAUGUUAUUGGGAACUGGUUUUGGGAUGGAGAUGAAACUAGUUAUGACCCUAAUCCUAGACCUGUGAGCAGGAUAGUUAGGCCCCAGCCUGUGGAUGAAAUUAAUGAAAAAAAUAGGCCCAAGGACUGGUCUGAGGUAACUAUCUGGCCCAAAGCCCCUGCUGUAACUCCAGCAGUGUUAGGAUUUAGAUCCCAAGUCCCAUUUGAGACAAAGCCUCCUUCAUAUAUUGUCCUGGCCUCAGCUGAGGAAAAUACCCAUUCUUUACCUGUGGCAACAACAUGCCCUUCUAGGAGCACUACUUCAUGCUCACAGCCUGUCCCUGAGUAUCCGUUCGGUUCUAGCCCUUGCAUCCAGACCAUAGAGGAGAUUAGAUGCCAAAUCAGGAUUAGGGAAGUGAAUGGGAUUAAGCCAUUUGCUUGCCCUUGCAAAAUGGAAUGCUAUAUGGAUUCUGAGGAAUUUGAAAAACUUGUUACUUUACUUAAGUCAACUACUGAUCCUCUCAUUCAUAAAAUAGCUCAAAUUGCAAUGGGGAUCAUUAAGGUUCAUCCCUUUGCCCAAGAGUUUAUUAAUGAGGUGGGUGUAGUGACGCUUAUUGAAAGCUUGCUCAGUUUUCCUUCCUCUGAAAUCAGAAAAAAGGCUGUAAUUACUCUGAAUCCUCCUUCUGGGGAUGAGAGACAACGCAAGGUUGAAUUACAUGUUAAGCAUAUGUGUAAGGAAACCAUGUCUUUUCCCUUGAAUUCACCUGGACAGCAAUCUGGAUUAAAGAUACUAGGACAACUGACUACUGAUUCUGACCAUCACCACAUUGUUGCCAAUUACUUUUCACAACUUUUCCACUUGCUGUCCCUGGGAAAUCGUAAAACCAGAAAUCUUGUUUUAAAAGUACUUUUGAAUAUGUCUGAAAAUCCAAUUGCAGCCAGAGACAUGAUCAAUACAAAGACAUUAGCAGCAUUAAAACUCAUCUUUAACCAGAAGGAGGCAAAAGCCAAUCUCGUUAGUGCUGUGGCCAUAUUUAUUAACAUAAAGGAGCAUAUCAGAAAGGGCUCAAUUGUAGUUGUUGAUCACAUGAAUUAUAAUACACUGAUGGCCAUUUUCCGUGAGGUUAAAGGAAUUAUUGAAACAAUGUAAAAUGAGCCAGAAAUAAAAGUGAACACUGAACAAUCUUCAGACUCUAAAAGGCUGUCCCUAUAGGCCCUUGCAUAAUGUUUUGAUUAUUACAGUGUGUACAUUAUAAAUUACAUCUUUAACAUGAUAUUACCUGUGACAGUCUCAAGUUUUGAGCUAUACCAUUUUUGAGAUACCAAAUGAAUAUUGUAUCAUAUGCUGAAAACAUCUGUUGAUUUUUGUCUUGUGUAGAUGGGGAACUUUUUAACAUUUUACUGAAGAUAGUGAACCAAUUCAUCAUAAGUAUACUAAGUUCUUCAUUAGUAUUUGUUUAAAUAUGUUUGUGGCUUCAAAUGGCAAAAAAAAAAUCAUUGAAUUUGUAAUCUAGUUUGCAAAAAUAAGGCAUAUAUACACAAAAAGAUAACUAACAGCACUCACAUAUAUCUGUACACAUACACAUUCAUUGCUGAAUGUGCACUCAACAUGUAAAGAAGGCAGGAGUUGCUAUAGGCUGUUUAAUGUAAGAGGAGUUACCGUUUUUCCCUUAUUCUACCUGCAUCAGAUAACUUAUGGUAGGCAUAUAACAACCACUGGUGUAAGCUGAAGAAAAUGUCUCAGCAUGUGAAAAUUUUAGAUUAUAUGCUUUUAGAUUUUUAAAUAGUUAAGAAACUAAAACAAGAUCAUACUGUAAAGGCUGUUAUUUUUUCUCUCACUAACUGUAAAUUGUGAUCAUCUUUCCAUAUCAAUAAAUAUGCUUCUAUGACA